UUGAGCUUUGUCUUAUGCAUUCUUAUGUGAUUAUCAUUUUAUAAAUGACUCUUCUCGGUAUUCUCAAGUGAUUUAUGUUUAUUUUUACUUUUGAUAUGAAAAUUAAAUUUGUCUUAAUGACUGAAAUGGUGUAAUAUUUGUUUCCUUAUUAUAAAAUGGGUCUGUAUGCUGAUCCUGAGUUACUUGAAGUGGGGAAUGGAUAAUACAUUUUGGAAAUGAUUUUUUUUUUCAAAUAAGGAGGGAGGAAAGGAUUCCUUGGAUUUUAUUGCAUACUGACCCUGUUCAGUCUAAACAAAAUGAUGAUACAACCACAAAAGGAUAUGAUAGAGACAAUUUAAAGAAAAUUAAUGGAAAGACAUCUUUAAGCAUUCAGGAAUUAAAUUUCACUACCUGCAACCAGCCACAAUUUGAUGGACAAACUCAAAGGCUAGUGUAAAUUGUGGAAAAUAUGUUAAAGUAAUGAGAACACAAUGGAAAAAAACUAUCCAUUCUAAAGUGAUUUUUUAUGAUAGAGCUGCGUCAAAGUAAUGUGCAGUUUUGAAACCCACACACCAUACACUUUACUACCACACAGUUGCAAAUAAAAAAAACUAGGAUUUCACAACAAAUGUUACAAGAAUUGUGGAACUAAAGUAAUGUGAAUGAAAUAUGGAGUGAUCCUAAACUCUAUCAGGACAAACAUGAGACACCACUAUUAUUCACAGUAGGAAACAGAGUUCCCAGACUCGCCGCGAGUCAUGCGAGUUCGCCGAGUUGGCGAGUCGAGCCAAGCUCGGCGAGUUUUGUUGACUCGUGGCUCGGACUCGGCCGCGCGAAUGGGCAAUUUCGAUUUUAAAAAACAAAAAAAAUAAAAGCAUUUUCAUUUGUUUUUUUUUAACUCUCUCUUUCAUAUAACCCUAAAAGGUCUUCUAAUUGUUAGUUGUGAGAAGAAGAGAGGAAAAGUGAGAGAGAGGAAGGAAAACAAGAGGCCAUAGGUUUGCAACCAGCAAGGAAGAAGAGCAUCAAGGAGACCACAAAUCACAUUGGGGAGGCCAUAGGCUUGCAUUGAGAGCAUCAAGGAGUCCGAAGCAAGACUUCUCAACUCAUUUGAAUGAGCACCCUUCACGUUUAAAAAACAUUCAUUUUUCACAAUGCCUAAAAAGGAUGAGGCUUGGAAAUAUACUGAAGACUUUAUUGGCAGACAAAAAAAUCAAACAAAAUGUUUUUUUUGUAAAGAAAUUAAUUUUGGUGGCAUCAAUAGAUUUAAAUACCAUAUUGCCGGCAUACCUGGCCAUGAUAUUGAGGUAUGCAAAUUACAAACUCUUGAGGCAAAACGUUUCUGUUAUGUCCAAUUAGAAACACAUGAACAAGAAAAGUUAACUAAGAAGAGGCAAUUGGUUGAGUUAAGUGCUAUUGGCUCCCAUGCACCCACAUCCGCAUCUGCAUCUGCAUCCGCAUCCGCAUCCACAUCCGUAGGCUGUGUUGGAGAGGGUUCUUCCAUGCCUCCCUUUCGCCCUAGUGCUUCUGCUAGUGCUAGUGCUUCUACUUCUACUCCUCCUAGUGGCACUAUUACCUUUGGCCCUAGAGUUCGGAAAUCCAGGUUGGAUAGUUAUUUUGUGCCACGUAGUACUCCUGGGGCACAACCCUCGCUUGAGAGCAUGGGUUGGAACAAGGAGGUUCAUGAUGCUGCAAAAAAACAAAUUUGCAAGUUUUGGUACUUUUGCAACAUUCCAUUUAUUGCAGCCAGGUCUCCUUAUUGGCAAGGCAUGGUAGAUUCCAUAACCAUUUGUGGUGCGGGGUUUAAAGCCCCUACCGAUGCUGAGUUAAGUGGCCCCCUCUUGUUACAAAUGGUUGAGGAUAUGAAAGUUGAGCUAGAGGACCACCGACAGUCUUGGAGCCAAAAGGGUUGCACCAUCAUGACAGAUGGUUGGACGGAUAGGAGGAAUAGAACACUCCUAAAUUUUCUUGUUUCCUGCGGAGGAUCCACCAUGUUCUUGAAGUCUAUUGAUGCUUCCUCACAUGUGAAAAAUGCCACAUACUCAUGUGAGGCUAUUGAGGAAGUCAUACAAGAGGUGGGGGAAGAAAAUGUGGUGCAGGUGGUGACAGAUAAUGCAGCAAGUUAUGUUGCUGCAGGUAAACUUUUGAUGGAGAGGCACCCAAAAAGUUUUUGGUCUCCUUGUGCGGCCCAUUGCCUUGACCUCAUGUUGGAGGAUAUUGGUAAGCUUGAAUGGGUGAAAUCAAUAGUUGAAAGGGCCAAAAAUAUCAGCAAGUUUAUCUACAAUCAUGCAUUGGUCCUUAGCAUUAUGAGGCAAUACACGGGGCAAAAGGAGUUGGCUCGUCCUGGUAUCACGAGGUUUGCCUCAAACUUCCUCACACUGAAAUCCUUGAUAAAAUCAAAGGCGGCUUUGAGGCGUAUGUUUGUUGGUGAGGAGUGGACUUCCUCAUCCUAUGCUACGACCACUACAGGAAUAGAUGUGGUAAAUUGCUUUUUUGAUGAGCCAGGUUUUUGGACCCCCUGUGGAGAAACCAUGCAGGUCACUGAGCCCCUUGUAGUUCUCCUACGAGUUGUUGAUGGGGAGAAGCCCUCUAUGGGCUAUAUAUAUGAGGGUAUGGAUAGGGCCAAGGAGGCCAUUAGGUCCAUAUAUGCAGGAGAUGAGGAUAAGUAUGGCCCCAUUUGGGAGAUUAUUGAUAGGAGAUGGCAGAACCAGCUUCACAGGCCCAUCCAUGCAGCAGCCUAUUACCUCAAUCCCGCAUUUCAAUUCCGUGAUGACUUCAAGGCGGAUGAGGAGGUUCUUAGUGGCCUGUAUACAGUGGUUCAGAAGUUGUGUACUGAUGGCACAACCUCAAGUACAAUGGUCCAGCUGGAUAAAUAUAAUAAUCGAGAAGGGGCAAUCUUCGCAAGCAGCAUGUGCAUAGAGGCUCGAACACAAUUGCAGCCAGAUAGAUGGUGGCAAAUGUUUGGGCCCUCAACCCCAAACCUUCAAAAAAUUGCCAUCCGUAUUUUGAGUCAGCCAUGCAGCGCUUCUGGAUGUGAGCGCAAUUGGUCCAUGUUCGAGCACAUCCACUCGAAGAGGCGUAAUAGAUUGUCUGUGGAGAGGUUGAAUGAUCUUGUUUUUGUUCAUUACAACCUCCGUCUUAGGACCAGACAAAUUUUGGACACUGACUCCUCUCCGAUCACUUUAGCGGAGAUCGAUCCAGAGUCUGAGUGGAUCACUGAGUCUACCGAUCCCGUCUUCACUGAGGAGGACCAUGAGUGGGUUGACCAGGCAGACAGAGAGGUUGAGGCUAUGGCUAUGGCAGAGGAGGAGGAUAGAGCACGAUCCGGCACAGGCACCUCACAGGCGGAGACUAUGGCUUCUCAGUCAUCCAAGACCUACCUUAGACGCAUUUGUAGGAGGCAGACAGACUACUCUGAGGCUGAGGAUGAGCUAGAGCCUGAGCCAUAGGCUUGUUUUUGUUUACAGUUAUAUAUAUGUUUGGGAACAUUUGAUGUCAUGGAUUUUAUAUACAUUUGACAACAUUUAUAACUCUAUAUAUCUAUGUUUUCUAUUUCCUUCA